AGAAAAAAAGACUUGACCUCAAAGUUAGUAAAUUUAGAGCUUCUUUGGUAGAUUGUUCUUUUCUCUUCUCUCUCUUUCUCCCACUCUUUUAUUCUUUAACAAUUCCCUCUCCUCUCUUUCACCUUUCACACACCCAUCUGUUUUUUGUCUUUACAAUUUCCCUAAAAUGUCGGAUAGAGUCUUCCCUUCUUCCAAACCAGCCACAAACGGGGGCACCGCCACCACUGCCGCUACUACUCCGGCACCAAAUCCACCACCUCCUGCCUCCAACAAAUCUCAUCUCUACAACCCGACUGCUCGCCCGCCUUAUCGUCCUCAGCCGCGUCGCCGUCGCACUCGCAGUGGCAGAAGCAUUUGCUGCUGCUGCUGCUUCUGGACCUUGCUCGCCAUCCUUCUCCUCAUCCUUCUCGCCGCAAUUGCCGGCGCUGCUCUUUAUAUUUUGUACCGCCCUCACCGCCCCGCUUUCUCUAUCCCUUCUCUUCGCAUUCACCGCCUCAAUCUCACCACAUCCGCUGACUCCUCUUCUUCACAUGUCUCUACUCUGCUUAACUUGACGCUUAUCUCCAAGAACCCUAAUUCACAUCUUACUUUCUUUUAUGAUUCUUUCGCCAUAUCUUCGCUUUCAAGUGAUGGCGAUGUGUUUCUUGGAAAUGGAACAAUUCCUGCUUAUACUUUAGGCAAGAAGAACGAGACUAGCUUCCGAAACGUAGUGGUUUCUGGGUCGAAUGAUCUGGACGCGGAGUCUGUGAAUGCGUUGAGAUCUGAUCUGAAGAAGAAGAGCGGUGGAGUUGCAUUGAAGAUUGAGUUGGAUACUAAAGUGAAACUGAAGAUGGGUGGAUUAAAGACUAAGAAGGUCGGGAUUAGGGUUACUUGUGACGGAAUUAAAGGUGUUGUACCUAAAGGGAAGUCGCCCACUGUCGCUGUAACUUCUGCUUCUAAGUGCAAGGUUGAUUUGAGAAUCAAGAUCUGGAAAUGGACUUUCUGAUCUGUUAAUUGCUGUAAUUUUUUCUUUUUGGUUUUUGGUUUUUUGGGUUUGUAAACUUCUGAUGAGAUUGAGUAUUAAGGUGCAAUUAUGGAUUGGGAAAAAGAGUAAUUGAGAUUUGUUUGAUUAGUAGAUUAAGAAAAACAAAAGACACAAUAAAGUGUUGAAAUCAAGAAAUUUUUAUAUUUUGAUCA